UGCAGGUUCUGCUCGAACGAGACAGUUCUGUGAAAACUUUGAAAGCUCUAUUUGUUUUUAAGGUAGGUGUUGGAAUCCGAGGUUGGAAAGCUUCAAACUCUGCAACCAACUUUAAUGGCCGCUGGAGAAGUUACUAAUAAACCCCUUUCCCUUCCUCCGUACCCCGAGGCAAUAGAAGCACUGAACGAGGAGAAUGGUUCAAACAAGUCUUCAAUAUCAAAGUACGUAGAAUCAACGUACGGUGGAUUGCCUCAGGGCCACAAGGCACUGCUCAAUGUGCACCUUGGAAAAAUGAGAGACAGUGGGUUGUUAGUGUUUUGGAAAAAUAAUUACUCAAAGCGUGACCAAAACGCGCCACCGCGGCGGGGCCGUGGCAGGCCACCCAAGCCCAAAGACCCUCUGCCUCCGGGUACUACGUUGCCACCUCCCCGGCCCAGAGGCCGCCCCCGAAAGGGCCCAAAUGACCCACCAAGGCCCCCCAAAGCUAAGUUCUCAACUGGAAGUGGGAGGCCCAGAGGUAGGCCCAGGAAGAUGGCCCGACCCGCCGGAGGAUUUGGUGGAGCACCGCCUUCCAAGGCGGCCAGUGGGAGGCCCAGAGGUAGGCCUCCCAAGGUGAAGCCCACGUUGACAGAGAUUAAUGCUUAACAAUAGAGGCUUGUUUUGAGUUUGGGCUUUGCAUGGAUAAUAGAAGAUUAUAGAAUGGAGCAAUUAAGUCACCUGGGUUGUUAAUCUUCUGCUAACAUGGAUGAAUUGUUCUGUACAAUCGUAUGUGUAUCGUAGUUAAUGAGGCUUUGUUGGGUUGUAUAUGGUAAUUGUGAAAAUGGGACAAUGGGUAGAGUUGGGGAACUCAAUUCUAAAAUUCUUGAUUUGAAGAAUCUUUGCCUAAAUGUGCAAAUGGGUUCUUCUCGUGUUCACUCAAUUAGCAUAACUCUUGAAUUUUCAAGGAACAUUUUAACUACAAGCAGCCUACUUAAAUGAAUGAAACUUGUAAAAGUCAUACUAAAUAUAAGUAAAACCCAUUCUUAAAGAUGGUUCUAGUUAUUUCUGCUUUG